GAGCGAGUGGAGUCGGUCGCGACAAGAACAGGGGUGGUGCAAUAUCUCGCCCAUCGACGGACUUCGCUUAGAAAUCCCGACCUGAGCUUUUACCUCGAAGCAGCUGCAUUCCAAUAAUUUUCCACGAUUGAGGCUUCAACAGACACGAUGGGAGCCGACCACCCAGCAUUCACACUCGCCGGCCUAUUGGCCGCCGGCGGCACGAUGGGAUACGUGAAGGGCGGCUCAAGACCGUCCCUGAUUGCUGGUGUUGGACUGGGUGCUUCGUACGGCCUGGCUGGCUACCUGCUCAGGGAGAACAAGGACUAUGGCUCAGAGCUGGCGCUUGGAAGCAGUGUCACCCUGCUCGGUGCAGCAACCAGCAGGUGUAUCAAGACCAAGUUCAGGGCACCCGUGCCGCUUGGUCUCUUCGCCACAGGCGGACUAGCCACCUGGUACUUUUUCAAGAAGUACAGGGAGUUCAACUACGGCGUUUGAGUAUCCCAUCUCAGCCCGGCUGGCUGCAAUACACUCCUCUCCACCCGCUCUCAGUCAUACUGGGCAAGACGUGAUUCUAGCUGUAAAUCUGCGUCGAAAGCACACAGAGCCACCAACGACCACCUUGUCGGCAUCCUGGUGAGGUCACUGGAGUUCGCUGAGAAGCCAUGGGACAUGUCUCUGGAGGUGUCUUCUGAGUGAUGAAUAGAAGGUAACUGUCAAAACAGCUGUGUGUGCUAGAUGCUAUUAGGGCUGGCACAGUCGAUGGAAAUUCCCACAACGAGUCAAGUCUUGCACAAGUUUAUCUUUGUCUACACCAGGGGGUGUUCUCAGGCAAGAAUCUGCGUGGAGAGACAGACUUGUCGCACUGCUUGAAUGAUCCAACCCAAGGCAAACCUAACAGCUACCGUUACCGCCUGGCGAAUCAGCCGCGCAGCGCCGUCAACUUUGGACCCCAUGCCGUACUGCCGAACUCCUCCAGCGUGCUCUAGUACAGAUGGAUAUUUUCCUUGAUGCCGUUCCCAAAUUCAACAUCUGCCCUGCAUACAUUACUCACCAUGACUGUUGUACAAUGUCCGUCGUCGGCCUAUCAAACAGCCAGUCCAUCUCAAAGUGCUCUCAGCUUUUCAGGGACGCCCGUUAUACGGGC